CUUUCACGCCUAAUGUUGCUGUACCUCCAACCCUCCCCCCUGUAUCAGAGGAGUAGAAACAACAAGCGCCAUUUUGUUUAGCGGACAGACCGUCAGAAACAGGAGCAGAUAACCGAGAGACGAGCGACUCCGGUAACCGACGGCAGCUAAACCGGGAACCACCGGAGGAGGAAAGAGUGGCGAAAUCCUCCGUGUUAUCAAGACAGAGAAAGCAACACCAAAAAGAUACGACGUCAGUGGAGAGGAAACCGAAUCGGUGAUAUAUGUAUGCGUGAGAAGGAAAUACUCCGAAAAAUCCAAGGAAGGGGGUGUUUUGCGGAGCGGAGACAGAGAGGAGAGGCGGAAGAGGGCUACAAAUUAUCAUAACGAGGAAAAACCUACGAAAAAGGGAAAGCAUCAACAUGAAAAAUCAUUAUGUGUCCCUCGCGGAGGAAGGAAAGAGUCCGCAUAGACAAUUAUAUAAAUAAAUUGCUGCCGGGCAGAAGGGAAAGGUGGAAAGAAAGACGGGUUUAAAGAGAAGGGUAAAAUUGCCAGGAUCAACACGAAGGGGGGCAUUCUCCAUCACAAAGAGUCAAUGAGAGGAUUUUGUCAGCCCAAAAUAUUUUAGGGGGGUGGGUGUCAACAGUAGUGUGCCGAUCUGAAAUAGCCAUAAUUUCUUAGCAACCUACCGUCAUUUUUUUUAAUCACAUUUUUGCCUGUCGCCGUCGCUGUGCUCCGGUUUUUGGUUAACCUUUUUCUUCUUUUUACUUGCAUGGCCAAGACAACAUAUAAGCAGUACAUUACGUGUAUAUUUUUUUGGAAUAUGUUUCAUUCUUUUCACUAUCUGAGAUUUAAAGUGCUUAGACCAAGCGAAAACCGGAGGAGGAACCUCUUGUGGAGCACAAGAUAAGUAACCCCACAGAUAGUCCUCUGCAAAAUGAAACUAAUUGGCUCAAUCUGACUGCCCACUGAUUAGCAAUUAGUGCUGUGAUUGCCCUCAAGAACUGUCAAAGAAAUAAAGUCUGCAUUAGAAUCAGCUGCACAAGAGCAGGGGUUUUCGAGAAAGAUUUUCCAUUUUCAACCUUUGCCAUCCCUGCUGCCUGCAAUAGGCACAGUCGCGCUAAAGGGUUGCAACAACCAAAUGUGCAAUACGAGUCUGUUUUUUCCCCCGACCCAGUGCCUUGCAUGGUCAAACACUAAGUGCACAUUGUAGUCAGCAUGCACAUGCUAAAUAAAAGUCAUGCAUGGAUAUAUACAUUCGCAAUAUAUUUCCCUGUUAUCUGAGUGAGUGUGAGACUCCGGUGUUUUCAUCUUUCUGCAGGACUGUUCUAUUUAUUCAGUUACUGUUAAGCCAAUGCAAGUUUUUUUUCUCUCUCCUAGUAUUGCACUUGAGAGUAGUCCACCACUUACGCUUUAAUUGUAUUGGAGAACUACUGCUGGUGUCACACACCGGUUGACUGCCUUUUUGGUUUGGAAACGUAAAGGAGUCAGUGGCAGCAGUGAGAUGUGUGGUCAGAUGAGAGAAAUGGUAAAUGCAACCGAGGAUCUGAAAACUGUUGCGUGAGAGAACGGCCUCCACAAGUUAACACAGGGAUACUCCUGGUUUGUAUUUUUGGGUCAUAAUUAUCAUUUCCGUGCCCUAACCGAGACUCUCCGCUGGGCCGGUUCAGACCUGAAAUACAGGAUUUCUCCGCCGACUAUGGCGGACAGGACUGAGUGCAGCACGGAGGACGGAUCUUGGGACAAUUUUUGUGUCGCAGAAGAGGCUACAUGAGGUUGUCAGAGGGCCGCACGCUUGCCUUUUUUGCCGACUCCACCUUCCCACCUCCUCCUGUUCAAAUCUGUGAAGAAACAAAAUCUCCGACAGGGGAGGGGGACUGAUAUCUGCAGAGAGGAAUAACCCGACAGGGAGAACUGUGGGAAAGAGUUCAACAUUGCUCUCUUCUCCCCUACCGUCCCCCAAGCGGUGGGGGAACGAUCAGAAGCGUUUCUUAAAGGGAUAAGGAGAAGCAAAUAAAGGAAAUACGUUUGCCCUCCGUGGAUCUACAGCAUUUUUUUUUUUUAAUUCGUCAAAAAUAUGGCCGAUAAUGUCCUGGAGUCCGGCCCGCCUUCAGCCAAGAGGCCCAAGCUGUCCUCUCCAGCUCUCUCGGUGUCUGCCAGUGAUGGAAAUGAUUUUGGUUCACUCUUUGACUUGGAGCACGACCUCCCAGAUGAGCUCAUCAGUUCCUCUGACCUGGGGCUAACAAACGGAGGGGAUGUUAGCCAACUCCAUACCAGCCUUGGUGGACUCGGAGGAGGGCUCGGUUUGGGAGGCCAAGAUGCGGCGGCAAAACACAAACAGCUAUCUGAGCUCUUGCGCGCUGGAGCACCAGCACAGCAGGGUGGCCCUACAUCCAACAGCACAUCAUCUGGGGCUUCUAUGGGCAUGAUGGGGAGUGUCAGUGUCUCCCCUGGUGGACCACAAGGCAUGCCCCCCCAGGGCCAGCAGCAGCAACCUGGUUUAAUGCAGCAGGUUGGGAUGGUUGGUGGGGUUGCAGCGAUGAGUCGGGCAGCUGCAAUGAUGGGUGUCCAGAAGGGCAACACUGGACAGCAGCAGCAAGGCCUGAUGGGCGGGCAGGUCAUGAAUGGCUCACCAAGAAUGGGUUACCCUGGCGGUGCAGGCAUGGGUAACAACAGUAAUCUGUUGGCGGAAACCCUACAGCAGCAGCAAGGCAGUCAGCAAAUGGGACCCGGGGGUCAGGCAGGGAUGAGACCACAGCAACCCGGCGCACUAAACAAGAUGAAUAUGAUGGCCAAUGCGGGCCCCUAUGGUGGUCCGUAUGGCCAGUCUGGCCAGGGGCUGCCAGGAGCAGGGCCGGGCCCACAGCUCCAGAAUAAGGCAGGCCUGCCCAACAAUAUGGCCAACCAGUUUAACAUGGACAAGAAGGCACCACCGGUUCAAGGCAUGCCUGGGAUGGCCUCUCAGCAGCAGCAGCAGCCCGGAGCAGUUGGUGGUGGAUCUGUCAGCGGAGCAACGGCGGUGGGUGGCGCCCAGGUUGGGCUUAAUGCCGCCGGGGCGGGUCCCGGCACAGCGCCGCCUACAGCAGACCCCGAGAAACGGAAGCUGAUUCAACAGCAACUGGUCCUCUUGCUCCACGCGCACAAGUGCCAGCGGAGGGAGCAGGCCAACGGGGAAGUGCGGCAGUGCAACCUACCCCACUGCCGCACCAUGAAGAACGUGCUCAACCACAUGACUCAUUGCCAGGCUGGCAAGUCCUGCCAGGUGGCACACUGUGCCUCAUCCAGACAGAUCAUCUCUCAUUGGAAGAAUUGCACACGACAUGACUGUCCUGUAUGCCUGCCACUGAAAAAUGCCGGAGACAAGAGGAAUCAGCAGUCUCUUGUUAACAGUGCAGGAGUGGGUUUGGUGAGCGCUCUAGGGUCGGGGGUGCCUGGUGGACAGUCCAACACUCCAAACCUAAACCCUCCCAACCAGAUUGACCCCAGUUCCAUAGAGAGGGCUUACGCUGCACUAGGCCUCACUUACCAGGGCAACCAGAUACUACAGCAAGCCAACAUGCCAAACCAGGGACUGCAGGGGCAGCCUGGGAUGAGGACUCUAAACACCAUGGGUGGAAACUCUAUGGGAGUGAAUGGUGGAGUUGGGGUGCAAUCCCCCAACCAGCAGUCCAGCCUACUGCCAAACGCCUUGUUGCAUAGCAGCAUGAAUGCACAGAGUUUGAUGAAUGAUGGUGUGGGGAACUUGGGCUCGAUGCCCACCGCAACUCCUCCUUCUGCUGCAGGCAUGAGGAAGUCCUGGCAUGAAGACAUCACGCAGGACCUCCGCAACCACCUUGUCCACAAGCUUUUGUGCAUGUGUGAGAGUAGUGUGCAGGCAAUCUUCCCCACUCCUGAUCCGGCGGCCCUGAAGGAUCGGCGGAUGGAAAAUCUAGUGGCUUACGCUCGAAAGGUAGAGGGGGACAUGUACGAGUCGGCCAAUAGUAGGGCGGAGUACUACCAUCUGCUGGCGGAGAAGAUCUACAAGAUCCAAAAGGAGCUGGAGGAAAAAAGAAGGACACGACUCCAGAAGCAGGGCAUGAUGCCUGGCCAACCUGGCAUAGCCUCCCCAGGCCUCCCGCAGGUGCCUCCCAUCAUGGGGCAGCCGCCCAUGGCCCCUGGUCAACCCCCGAAUGGUCCUCACGCUGAUCCGUCCAUGGUCCGACCAGCUGGACCCAAUCAGAUGGUCAACCGAAUGCAGAACCCACCAGGAAUGAACCAGUUUGGUCAGAUGGGGAUGCCGUCGAUGGGUCAGAGGUCUCCUCUUCCUCUGAAUGCUCCAAUGAACCAGAUGGGUAUGGGAGCAACGAGGAUGGGUCAACCCAAUGCUACACAGUUACAGAACCAGUACCUCCCUCCAGGCCAGUUUCCCGGGUCCAGUCCUGGACUUGGUUCUGGUCCUGUUGGCAUGAACCAGCCAGGAGCACAGACUGCUGUGCCACAGCAGAACCAGAUGUCAACGCCACCUUCCCUCCCAGUCAGCAGCCCUGCAGCACAGUCUGCCUCUUCUGCUCCAGGAUCCGCAGCCCCUGUAGGCUCCAUGGGGUCUGGUGGUGCCAGUAGAGCUGGGCCUUUGCCCAACAUGCCUCCAUCCUCCGCCCCCACCCAGCCUAACUCAUAUCCUCACUGCCCUCCCGUCCGAACAAACUCCCCCUCACCGGCACGCAGCUUAACUCCUCAACCGCAUCAAACACCCCCUACGUUACCUCGUUCUCAGACCCCACAGCCACAGACUCCCGGCACACCCCAGCUGCCCUCUCCACAGCACCCCCAUCAACCGCAACACCAACAACAUCAGCAGCAGCAGCAGCAGCAGCAGCAACAGCAGCAGCAACAGCAGCAGCAACAACAACAGCAGCAGCAACAGCAACAGCAGCAGCAACAACAACAGCAACAGCAGCAACAGCAACAACAACAGCAACAACAACAGCAGCAACAACAACAGCAGCAACAACAGCAGCAGCAGCAGCAACAACAGCAGCAGCAACAACAACAUCAGCAACAACAGCAGCAACAACAACAACAACAACAGCAUCAACAACAACUACAACAGCAACAGCAUCAACAGCAACAUCAACACGCUUCGCAACAGCAGCAGCCAUCGGGGCAGGCGGUGAAAUCGGAGAAGGCCAAUCAGAUUCCACAGCAGACUCUUGGGGGUGUGGCUUCCUCAGGCCCCCAAGCAGGUCAACCUUCUUCGGUGCCUACCCAGAAUGCUCAAGUGCCAUUGCAGCAGCCGCAGACCCCACUAUCCAUAAAGCCUUCUCUGACAGGUGAUGGUCAGGUGUCCUCUCCCGCCUCAGUCAGCAGCAGUGCAGAUCCCAACUCCCAGCUCACCCAGGUGGACGGCCCUGCUCCCAGCCAGGAAGAUGUCAAAAUGGAGGUUAAGAAGCAGGAGGAGGAGGACGACGAAGGGGCUGAUACCGAAGGAGAGGGCAAGGGAAAGAUGGGCAAGGGUCAGCAUGACGUGAAGACAGAGGAGAAACCAGAGGUAAAGAAAGAGAAGCCGUCAGGAGAUGGGUGUAAAGGCGAGCCCAUGGAUACAUCUUCAUUCUCAGCGUCAUCGUCGGUAGCAACAGGUGAAGACAAGAAGCCAGAGGUGAAGAAAGAGCCCGAAGAGGAGGGGUCAGGGUCAACAGCCAACAGCAGCUCUCCCGCCAGCGCUCAGAGCAAGAAGAAAAUCUUUAAGCCGGAGGAGCUGCGUCAGGCUCUAAUGCCCACCCUGGAAGCUUUGUACCGGCAGGACCCUGAGUCCCUUCCCUUCCGUCAGCCGGUGGACCCCCAGUUACUGGGAAUACCCGUACGUAUUCGAACUAGUAACAAAACUAACCUGGACUACUUUGACAUUGUGAAGAACCCCAUGGAUCUGUCGACCAUCAAGCGGAAACUGGACACGGGACAGUACCAAGAGCCUUGGCAGUACGUCGAGGAUAUCUGGCUGAUGUUCAACAAUGCCUGGCUGUACAACCGCAAGACGUCCCGCGUCUACAAGUACUGCUCCAAGCUGGCUGAGGUGUUUGAGUCUGAGAUCGAUCCCGUCAUGCAGGGCCUGGGAUACUGUUGUGGGAGGAAGUAUGAGUUUUCCCCCCAAACUCUAUGCUGCUAUGGAAAACAGUUAUGCACCAUCCAACGUGACGCUGCUUAUUUUAGCUACCAGAACAGUUCACCAAAAUAUGGGCUUCUUGCUGACAGGUACCACUUCUGUGAGAAGUGUUUCAACGAAAUCCAGGGCGAGAGUAUUUCCUUGGGGGACGACCCCUUGCAGCCUCAGACGUCCAUCAACAAAGAGCAGUUCCAACGGAAGAAGAACGACACACUCGACCCUGAGUUACUUGUGGAAUGUGGAGACUGCGGUCGUAAAAUGCACCAGAUCUGUGUCCUGCAUCAUGAUACCAUAUGGCCGUCGGGCUUUGUAUGCGACAACUGCCUCAAAAAGGCCAAUAAGACGCGGAAAGAGAACAAAUAUGCAUCCAAAAGACUUCCUCAGACCAAGUUGGGGUGCUAUUUGGAGACACGAGUAAAUGAUUACAUCAAGCGGCACAAUCUCCCUGAAGCUGGCGAUGUCACCAUUCGUGUGGUGCACGUCUCAGACAAGGUGGUUGAGGUCAAGCCGGGCAUGAAAUCCAGGUUUGUCGACAGUGGAGAGAUGUCGGAGUCAUUCCCCUACAGGAUGAAAGCCUUGUUUGCAUUUGAGGACAUUGAUGGCGCGGAUGUGUGUUUUUUUGGGAUGCACGUUCAAGAGUACGGCUCGGACUGCCCGCCUCCCAAUCAGAGACGAGUGUACAUCUCUUACCUGGACAGUGUGCACUUUUUCCAACCUCGAGUCAUCAGAACUGGUGUCUACCACGAGAUCCUGAUAGGCUACCUGGAGUAUGUCAGGAGGCAGGGGUAUACAACGGGUCAUAUUUGGGCCUGUCCACCCAGUGAAGGGGAUGACUACAUCUUCCAUUGUCACCCAGCGGACCAGAAGAUCCCCAAGCCGAAACGGCUGCAGGAGUGGUACAGGAAGAUGCUGGACAAGGCUGUUGCUGAGCGCAUCGUCCAUGAUUACAAGGAUGUCUUCAAGCAGGCAACAGAGGACCGGCUGACCAGUGCCAAAGAGCUGCCAUACUUUGAAGGUGACUUCUGGCCCAACGUACUGGAAGAGAGUAUCAAGGAGCUGGAGCAGGAAGAGGAGGAGAGAAAGAGGGAGGAGAACAGUACCUCCAACGAGAGCACAGAUGUCACAAAAGGAGACAGCAAGAAUGCCAAAAAGAAGAACAAUAAAAAGACUAGCAAGAACAAGAGUAGCAUGAGCCGAGCCAAUAAGAAGAAACCAGGGAUGCCCAAUGUUUCCAAUGACCUUUCCCAAAAACUCUACGCCACCAUGGAGAAACAUAAGGAGGUGUUCUUUGUCAUCCGCCUCAUUGCUUGCCCCACCGCCAACUCGCUGCCCCCCAUCACUGACCCUGACCCCCUCAUGGCCUGUGACCUGAUGGAUGGCCGCGAUGCCUUCCUGACUUUGGCCAGGGACAAGCACCUGGAGUUCAGCUCUCUCAGGAGGGCCAUGUGGAGCACCAUGUGUAUGUUGGUGGAGCUGCACAACCAGAGCCAGGAUCGCUUCGUCUACACCUGCAAUGAGUGUAAACACCACGUGGAAACCCGCUUCCACUGCACUGUCUGCGAGGACUAUGACUUGUGCAUCACCUGCUACAACACUAAGGGUCAUGAGCACAAGAUGGAUAAGCUAGGGCUUGGACUGGAUGAUGACAGCAACAACCAGGCAGCAGCAGCUACCCAGAGCCCUGGAGACUCUCGCCGUCUCAGCAUCCAGCGCUGCAUCCAGUCGCUGGUCCACGCGUGCCAGUGCCGCAACGCCAACUGCUCCCUGCCGUCCUGCCAGAAGAUGAAGCGCGUUGUUCAGCACACAAAAGGCUGCAAGCGCAAGACAAAUGGCGGCUGUCCUAUCUGCAAGCAGCUCAUUGCUCUUUGCUGCUACCAUGCCAAACACUGUCAGGAGAACAAAUGUCCCGUCCCGUUCUGUCUAAACAUCAAGCAAAAGCUCCGGCAGCAGCAGCUGCAGCACAGGCUCCAGCAGGCCCAGAUGUUACGGAGGAGGAUGGCCAGCAUGCAGAGGGUGGGGCAGGCAGCCGGAGGGCCACCGGGAGGACCUGUUGUAGGACUUCCAUCACCAGGGAACAAUGGUACCACGGCACCCAGUACCCCAACUUCUGGUGGAACCCAACCCCCAACACCCCAGACUCCAACUCAGACCAUGCCUCCAGUCACGCAGCAGGGAAUGGGCUCUGGACCUGGAGUUCAGCAGCAGCAGCUGGGUGGAAUGCCCCCACAAAGUGCCAUGCCUUCUCAACACCCCCUUCACCACCAGUUCCAGCAGAUGGCUAGUGGAGGAGGUGGGGCUGGGGGGAUAAUGAACUCUCCCCAACAUCAGCAGCAGAUGCAUCCUCAGGGCCAGCAGCAGCAAAUUGGAGCUGGGACCAACCCCCAACAGCUCCAUCAGCACCCCAACAAUUUGCCUCCAUAUGCCAGCAGACCCCCGGGCUCCUCCCCGAUCCAUCAGUCCCAGGGAAAACCGGUCCUUGGCUCUGCAACACCUCCCCAGCAGCAGCUUGGUGGAAGUGUUGGGGGCCAACAGCCCUUGAGCCAGGCCCAGGGCCAGCCGUCCCUUCCACAGCAGCAGCAGCCCCCCUCUGGCCCUCCACCGGCAGCAGUAGAAAUUGCCAUGAAGAUCCAACAGGUAGCCGAUGCUCAGAGGAAGAUGGCUCUUCAGAGACAAGCAGCUCAGGCAGCUGCCGGCUUGAUGCCUCCUCACCCUCACCACCAACAGGGUCAGGGUCAGCAGAUGGGCAUGGGGCACCCAGGGGCUGCAGGGAUGGUUGGAACCCAGGGCAUGCCUCCACAGACCCAAUCAGCAGUGGCAGCUUCCCGGGCCCACAUGGAUCAACAACAAGGUGCUUCACCAGGGAUGAUGGUUGGCGCUGGUGGGUCCAUGCAGCAACCCCCUCAGCAGGGUAACCUGCCCCAGGGCCAUCUGCCCCCUCAAGUACAGCUUCAACAGCAGAGGAUGGGUGUUCCACAUCAAAACCCUCAACAGCAGCAGCAGUGGUCAGGCCAGGGGAUGCCACCUCAGCAGAGGCAAACUAUGAUGAACCAAAUGAGCCAUCCAGCCAUGAUGGCAGCUCAACAACAACAGCAGCAAAUGCAACAACAGCAGCAACAACAACAACAACAACAACAACAACAGCAGCAGCAACAACAAGCUCAGGGCCAUGCUGCCUUGAUGAAUAUGGUACAACAGCAGCAACAGCAAGGUGCUGGUGGUGGGAUCCCAGGAGGAGCUGUCCCUGGAGUUGCCGGUGUCCCCGGGGCGGGUGUUGCCGGUGGGAACAUCCCCCAGGCAGCCCUGCAGGAACUGUUACGGACUCUCCGCUCGCCUAGCUCACCACUCCAACAACAGCAAGUCCUCAACAUCCUGCGAUCUAACCCACAGCUCAUGGCUGCUUUUAUCAAGCAGAGAGCCUCAAAAUACAAGGGGGUUCAGGGGGGACCAGGUGGUGUACCUGGGGGUCCUGGUCCCACAGGGGGUCCUGUUGGUAAUGUCAUGGCAGGAGGGGGCCCACAGGUGAACAUGAAUGCUACUGUUGGCGGCCAGCCAGGGAUGCAUAUGGGUGGUCAGGGAGGGACAAAUGUCAACAUGCCCACUAUGGCCCAGUUACAGCAAGUACAGCAGCAGCAACAGAUACAACAACAACAACAACAACAACAACAACAACAACAGUUACAGCAGCAACAGCCGCUGCUCAGCAGUUUACAACAGCAGCAAGUGGCAGCUCUCCAACAGCAGCGGCAACAGCAGCAGCAGCAGCAAGGGGGGGGAGGAGGAGGCGGGGGCGGAGGAGGAGGAGGAGGAGGAGGAGGAGGAGGAGUUAUGCAGGGCCAGGGGCCACAGAUGGGAAUCAACAGUCCCCAGUUUAGAGAGCUGCUGCUGAUGAGACGGCAUCUCCAACAACAGCAGCAGCAGCAGCAGCAGCAGCAGCAAAUGGGAGUAAGUCACGGUCAGUUCCAGCAGCCACAGCCACCACAGGGGCAAAGCUACAUGGGACAGCCUGGAAUGCAGCCUCCUGCCGUGGGACAGGGACCACCUGGAGGUCCACCUCAUGGCCCCCAGCAGCCUGGUGGCCCCCCAGGCCAGCAGGGGCAGGGUUACCCUGGGUCGGUGACGCAGCAGCAGGUCACAGCUGCACUACAGCAGAGGCUCCAACACCAGCACCACCUCCAGAUGCAGCAGCAGCAGCAGAAUGCCAUGGCUGGCCUGCCAGGGGGUGAUGCAGGGCCAGGUGUAGGAGGUCCUCAGCAGCCACCUCAGGGCCCUCAGCCCACUCAAAGUGGCCCCCCACCUCCAUCUUCUCAGGCGUUACUCCAACAGGCCAUCCACCAGAGGCUCCAGCAGCAGCAGCAGCUCCAGCAGCAGCAGCAACAACAACAACAGCAGCAACAACAACAACAACAGCAGCAGCAGCAGCAGCAGCAUCAUCAUCUGGGCCCUGGGGGGUCACCAGCCCAUCACAGCAAUCCCAUGAGCCCUCAGCAGCCACAGCAGAUGGCCCAGUCCCCACACCCACACCAACACCUGUCCACAUCGCUAGCUAACCAGGUGCGAUCCCCACAACCUUCACCCAGACCCCAGUCCCAGCCGCCACACUCCAGCCCGUCCCCACGCAUGCAGCCCCAGCCCUCCCCACAUCACAUCUCCCCUCAGAUGCAGACGGGUUCCCCACACCCAGGCCACCUGAACCAGCACCACCCGGGCAUGGUGGUUCCUCCACAGCAACAGCCAACGAGCCAGCAGCAGCAGCAGCAACAGAACUCUAUGGAGCAGUUUGGGUCGGACCAGAGCGGCAUGCUAUCUCAGCUGAGUGGCAUGGCUGGUCUACAUGGGCCGGGGGGCAACAGUCAGGACCCGCUUGGCCAGAAUAUGAAUCACAACUCUUUAGACCUCAUGUAGGAAUUCUACUUAACGUGUCAAGUUGAGCUGAAACGCUCUGUGAUUCUUCGCACAAACUGCACUCACCCAGGACAGUGUUAUUGUUAUUACUUAGCCUUUUUUUUUUAUACUAUUAUAACAUGUUAUUUAAAAUGUUCUCAAUAAAGAUGCAUUGAACUGAACUUCCUAUGGGAGAUGAACAAUAAAUCAAGCAGUCGUUAAAUAAAUUAGAAUAAAUGAAUUGUAAGUUAUUGCUGUUAAUAUAUUUUUUUUGCCAAUUGUGGACAAAGAGGGGGAUGGUUUCUCUAGCACCCCCCCCUCCCUCACCCCCGCCUCUUGCUGAAUACAAGAAAGGUGAUGUUUUCGGGGUUUUGGGGGUAAAUAGGAGUACUUUUUUUAAGAAAUGUUUUUAAGAUUUUAAAAGUGGUCAAGAAUUAAAGAUGAAAUGAUUUAAUGCAAAGAACUUUUUUAUCGGUUUCGUUACCCCAUCAUUCAAUCUGUCUGUCUAUUUCUGUUUUGCAGAGUGAUGUGGAUUAUUAUUAAUGUAAAUCCAAACAUGAUGCAUAUCCAUUUUUUUUUUUUAAAUGUUUGAGUUUGCUUUAUUUAUUUUUUUCUUUUUUGGGGGCGGGGUGGGGGUGUUAUGUUCCCUGAGACUGCUACAAUUCGUAUAGAAAUAUAUUUUUGUUAUGACUGUUAUGAUGGGGGUAGUGGAUAUUUCAUUUCACUUUGGAUGUCUUUAGUUGGGUCUGCCCAGGUGGGAAUAAUUAAAUGUCAGUGUUUUGUUGCAGUGGUCGGGGGGGUCUGCUAUGCGUUUGACAUGUUGAACGGACAUUGUGACGUCCCGGCCAGCUUCUGUAUUGGACAUCGGUCACGCUGGAAGGGACUCCUCCCUCGCAAACAUGCAAGCCCUCUCCCUCGAAUGUGUGUGCACUCCUUCCUUUAAAGACCCUUAAUAUGGAACAGUGGAGGCUUGGGGAGGGGGGGUGCAUACCUGUGUGCCUGAAACAUUUUGAGUACAUGGGCUGGGAUGUGAAAAAAUGGGUGGGGUGGGCUCCUUAGUGUUUUUAGGAUUCCGCUGUUUGGCAUAAACAGAGGAUUUUGAUCCAAAUGAACUGUGUUGCACAGAAAAGAGGAAAAGAGGAGAUCUGAGCAGUCUGUCUCUUUCUGCCUCGUCCCCUUUGCUGCUCCCCUUGGACUUUAAAUUCCCUACCCCCUCCUCUUCCUCUUCUGGAGGAAGUUGCUCUCCCUCCCAUCAAACUCCAUCCUCUUUAUCUUUCUGCUAAGAACUUUGGGAGUUUAAUUUAAUAUUUUUUACUGUACAAAGGAAACACAAACUGUGGAUUCGAAUACUGUUUUUUUUUAUAAUAAAAUGAAAAUUACCAACA